AUGGAUGGGAAGGUUAACCUGGCCCCUCUCACUGCAGACGUCAACUGGCAAGGCCUGGAGGAGGUUUACGGUGGGAAUGGAAGCAUCUACGAGGACAGACAGAACUCUAGACUUAGUCUGGUUGACUGGACUAAUUACUUGAAGGAUGUAGAUAGAGUAUUUGCACUGCUGAACCGUCACCAUGAGCAAAAUAGAAUAAACCAGACUACAAGUGCUCAGAGUGAUGGGUUCCUGGCUGUGUCUGCUGAGCGCUCUGCUCCGGCAGAGACAGCCUCCGCGGAGUCAGAUAAAGACCCCCGGCGUAGGGUUGAAGAAGCGCCUCCUUUGACCUUGCCAGCUGACCUUCCAACCCUGCAUUGGAAUCGACCCACAUUCAGUCCCGAGAGUAAACUUGAAUGGAAUAACGACAUUCCGGAAGUCAAUCGUUUGAAUUCUGAACACUGGAGAAAUCAUAAAACUGACAAAUGGAUGGAACGUGAAGGGAUCCAGCGUCUUGAACCUGAUUGGAGUGGCGAUGGCCCGGCCGAGCUGGGGCAGCCCAGGAGCGGGCACCAGAAGGCACUUCCCCAGGACGAUCACCCAAGAGAAGAUGUUGCCGACGACCGCCUGCAUCUUCCUGUGCGGAUGAUGAAAGUGUCCACCGUGGAGCAGGCUGCUUCCUCCAGCAGCACCGAGAGGAUGUCGAACAAGGUGGAAGAGAAUCACAGAAGGGGGAGCUUCCAGGGUCAGGAAGGCAGUGCCUCCUUUCCACUGUCCUCUGAUUAGAUGCCCUGUUCCCUUACCCUAAACACAGUAUUUUUUUUUUAACUUUUUCCUAGUCAACUAAUAAAGGCAAUCAUGACAACCAACAUUCCAAACUUGCCCCAGGGACACCCGCGCAGCGGACGUUAAUGCGCAUGCGAGUGGUCCGCGCACAAGAACUUGGGGCUCAAAGUCACGAUUCACCAAGGGGAGAAAGUGACUCCCCUUGUGGGAUUAUGUUUGUUUGUUGGGGGGCGGGGGUACUAAAACAGUAUUAUCUUUGAAAGUUGUAGGGACAUGCGUGUAGCAAUGUUAUUCCGUCAUGAUGGCUAGAAUUGUGCCUUUUCUGAGUUUCUGAACCUUGAUCUCCUCGGUGAACCUUUUAAUCCACAUUCCACUGCGCACGUCAAUGUGGUUUUGAUUCGUUUUUAACCACUGGAAUUUUUCCGUGCCCUCAUUUUUAGUUCGUGAUUUUUGCACUUUGAGAUUGGAACGCCAUGUCUAUUUGGUUCCUUCCCCUCUACCCCACCCUACAGGCUUGUCACAGUCUGCUUGCUCUCAGUGUGACAAAGUGGAUCCCAAAGGAUGACACGCAGGAUGGCUCACAUAUUGUCCCGCAUACCACUUUUUCCAGAACAUAAUGCAUGUGUUGUACCUCGACUUGCUAAAACUGAUUAGCAGAAAGGCAUGGCUAAGGAUGUCGGCAGUAAAAAUAAAUAAGUAAACAAAACAAAGAUCGCCUGCUCUCUUUCUGCCCAGCCUCAGUGUGCUCAUCAUAUGCUUAAGGUUGCUGCAUUUUUAUUAUUUUCUUGACAGGAUCAAAGGACUGAAGACUUUUUUUUUUCCAUCUUUGUUUUGUUUUCUUGACCUGGCUAAUAAGCUUCAGUGUUGAGAAAAUAUGUUGCAUUUGCAUAAGGAAUCUUUUUCAGUAAAACAAACUCAUGAAUGUUUCAUAAUUUAAACACCAUAUGUGUCGGUAUGAUUAUUUUUAAGGCCUUCACCAGGUUCUGGGUUUUUUUUUAAGGCAUCAUUCAAAACUGCUUUUGAAAUUGUGUUCUUGAAAAUAUUCUUGUCAUAACAUUAGAUGUUUAAAUACCAGCAAAAGGAUUAUUACCUCAUUGAGAGUUACCGGUAUCCUAGCCAACUUCCCAAGAAAGUUUUUUUUUUUUUUAGCUUAACAGUACUUUUCAUUUUAUUUUUAGAUAAUUCAAAUGCAUAGGUAAAUUAUGUUUUCUUUAAGUGCUUAAGGUAAACUCUUUUAAAGAAAAUUAAUAUGUUAUAGUUGAAUCUUUGAUACUUUUAAGUCUUUACCUUAGACUCUGUACAUAUGUUAAAAAUAACUCUCGCUUCAUCCGAUGUGUGUGUCACCGGCUGAAUGACAGAAGAAACAUAUUUAUGGUCAUGAAUGACGUGCUUUGUAAAAAAGCUUCAAGUUAUUAGGAAGCAUACUGCGUUUUUUUUUUUAAUCUUGUGUAAUAUUCUGUAAUACUUUUAUAGAACAAUUCUGGCUUCGGGAAAGUCUAGAAGCAAUAUUCUUGAAAUAAAAGGUGUUUAAACUUUA